GCGCCCGUUUCAACCGGCUCAGCUGUUCGUGUCCGCGCUUGUCUGUGAAUGGCAUCACUUGGAAUUUUUUCAUUAAUUUCUUAAAUAACGUAAAAUUAUAACUCAAAAUGGCUCAGAAAGUAAUCAAAUACAUUGGCCGCACCACAGACUUUAAGGGGAACACGUUGUGGGAACUAGUGUCGAACCUCCCCAACUGGGGAGUCGGCCGCAUGGUCAUACGUAACAUGUUCCAGCGCUACCCGGAGCCCUGCUACAUGAGGAUCCUCAAAGUGCAGGCGGUGGACGAGCAGACCGACCAGAUCCGUAAGGUGCGCGUGACCGUGGAGAAGACCUGGCGCGGCGUCACGCAGCCGAAGCCCGUAGAGAUCUACAGCACCAGCUACAAGGCGGACUACGAGCUGGUGCCGCAGGCGGAGGAGGCAAAGUUCCUUAGCAACCAGAAGAAAGUCGCGCCAGUCGUGCUGCCCACAAAGAUCGACCUGCCGCCGCUGCUGCGCGAGUACGUCAAAGAGGAGACGGGCGAGGCCAAUCCCUUCAUGAAAGUGCACUUCAAGAAGACCCCCAACAAGCUGGCGCGCAUGGCCGAGGCGGGGGAGGAGCCCACCCUGAAGGUUAGCAUGGAUCUGGGCCAGCCAAAGUCCGUCAGCUCCAAGCUCUACGAGGGCCUGCUGUGAGGAGGAACCGUAGCGACCGCCUUUGCACUGUUAAAAUAUUAAAUACAUUUACUAUACAUUUUACCUUAAGCA